AUGGGGCUGCAAAGCGAACUAGAAGGUCACAGUAUGGUUUACGCAGAGACCAAGAUCCUGGAGAAAAUUAUCAAGGGUUCCAUCGGCAGCAGGCUAACGGAAGGCAACUUUCUGAGUGCUGGCCAACAUGACUUUGUUGCUGGAAGUUCUUGCCUGACCAACUUCGUCACCUUCUAUGACCAAGUGAUGCAUUGCCUGGACAAGGGAGACGAGGUUGAUGUCAUAUAUCUGGAUUUCAAGAAGGCCUUUGACUUCAUCUCCCAUGAUGUCUUCAUGGCUAAGCUGGAGAACUGCAGCCAUGACCGAUCCACCUUGAGCUGCAGAGCAGGGUUUCAGAGAGGGAGCUUCCAGCUCAACACUCAGCUCAAAAACCUGGUAGAGAAGAUUAAAGAGCAGAGUCUGAAACCAGGAAAGGAGCAAAUGGUAAAUCAGUGUGUGGAGCAUGAAGAGAAACUCAAGCUCUUCUGCGAGGAGGAUGGAGAAGCCAUCUGUGUUAUCUGCAGGGAGUCCCAGGCUCACCAUGGUCAAAAAGUGCUCCCGAUCCAGGAGGCUGCCAACAAUUACAAGAACACCGUAAAGCAACAGAGAGAGAGAAUCAAGUCUGAGUGCGAGAAGCUGCGUUGCUUUGUGAGUGAGGAGGAGCAGCGGCUUCUGCAGAGGCUGGAGGAGGAGGAGAGGGAGACGCUGCAGAGCCUGGAGGAGAACGUAGCCCAACUCUCCAAGCAAAGCUCCUCUCUGCACAAGCUGAUCUCAGAGAUAGAGGAGAAGAGCCUGCAGACACCUGCUGAGCUGCUGAAGGAUGUGAGAAGGACCUUGGACAGGAGCAAGGAUGUGAAGCUUCAGGAAGCAAAAGCUGUUUCUACAGAACUGAAGACCCUGUGCAGCAUCCCAGGGAUAGUAGAAAUGCUAAGGAAAUGUCUCUAG